AUGGACCUUCACUUGAGAACAAGACGGUUUUCGGGCGACUUCGUCCCUGUUUUUACAAGGAGUGAGACCAAUCCAAACCAAAUAGAGUUCUCCAAGUUCGACGCAUCGUUCGACUUCAAAUCCGUCUCACAAGAGCCUGAAAGCCUGUUCGAAACCGUGGGAAAACCUAUCCUGGACGACCGGCUGUUCAAAGGACAAGACUGCUUGCUUUUUACCUUAGGGCCAUCUAAUUCCGGUAAGACACAUACCGUAUUCGAUCCGGAAACUGGCCUUGCGGUGAACUCUCUUCGGUAUGUGUUUGAAAGACUGUCUCAAUAUGGAGACAUCAGCACCAAUCACAAAAAGCUGGCUGGUCUGAUGAGCAAUUUGUGGAACGGCAACACUUCUCAGCAGGGAUUUGUUGACUCAGAGUAUGCGGUCACGUUAUCAAUGUUUGAGAUCUACAAUGACAACAUCAAAGAUCUGCUGAUGAACACAACCACCAAAAAAUCAAACUCUUUCCUCGACAUCAUUACGGACCCAGUGGACCAAAAACUUAAGCCUUACAAUCUGUCUCAGUUCAUGGUGAGCGACUUCGAAAAUGCAAUCAGAACUUUGAACCGUGGUCUUUCGAACAGAAAAACGUGUACCACCCAUGUCAACAGAGACUCUUCGAGAUCUCAUUGUUUUCUGUUUAUCAACGUUGUUCGCAUCUCGGGUAGAAGUGUCAACUGUUCCAGACUGACUCUCGCAGACCUCGCUGGCCUGGAAAGAUCCAAGCUAUCUAUGACGAGCGGUUUGAAUUUGAGGGAGGGAAGCUUCACUAAUGCUUCACUAACGCAACUUGGAAGAUGCUUGGAGCUGGUUGCCACUAAGCAGUUCAACAAGUCUUUAUUGCGCACAAAUAAGCUGACACGUCUGAUUUUCCAUGACUACGUCAAAAGCAAAAGCUUGAUCUCCAUUAUUGUUAACUUGGAUCCCGCUGGAGACGAGGGCCUGAUUCUUCAAACUUUGAGAUACGUCAAUCCAAUUCAAUAUCAGAAAGUUCCAAGACAUACUUCCUCUUCAUGCUCUCAGAUCAAAACGGUAGUUGAUAGCAAGACUCAACAUGAGCUGCUUUGCCAAUUAGAUACCCUGAAACUAUACCAGCAGAAGCUAGAAACCAAGGUGGCCAGGCUUGAAGAGGAAGUGGUGCAAACGGAGGUUCGUAUUCGCCAGGAGCUCUAUGAGGAAAAUGAGGCCAAACUGAAUCAAAUAGCCGUGGAGCACAAAAAUGAGAUCUUUCAACUAAAUCAAGAGCACGAACUUGAAACAGAUUCCAAGCUCAAAGAACUGUCCCAAUGUUAUCAGGAUAAACUAAAUCGCGAGGUGAGCUUGAAGAAUGAGGAGCUUGAAAAGUCCAAAGCGUUUGUUGAGGAGCUCAAGAAUAAGUGCGAGCAGCUGAAGCAGCUCAAUGAACUUUUAGAAACCCAAAUCAAUGAAUUGAAGGAGCAACAUGAGCAGACACUGAAGGACGCUCAGCAAGAGCUCCAGGUGUCUCUGCAAAAAAGUGAUGAUUUGGGCAAGAUGGUCGAAGAGGCAGAAGAGCAAAAUCGUAAGAUAGAAAGCGAGCUCACUUUGAAGGUGUCUGAAAUAAACGAGUUGAGGGAGAAUAUUACCAAGCUGCAACAAGGGCUAUCAAGCAACUCCGUGGAGUUCGACCUCAAGGCCAAGAAACUGGAGGAGGAGUAUCAAGCGAAACUAAAAGCCGAGCUUGAAGCGCGUGAAAGAGAUAUCCAAUCUUUGAAGGACCUGAUGCAAGAGAAUAGCAAUGAUCUCACAACUGAGCAUGAGAAAAUCAUCAAGACCCUGAAAAGCCAACACGACCAAGCCGUCGAAUCUUUCAAGGAGCAACACAGGGUUGAGCUUGAGUCUUUGAAGGAUGAGCACGAGAAACAGAUGGCGCCUCUUCGUGAACGCAUCGAGUCUCUGGUCAAGGAGUUAGAGACAAACAACGUCAUGAUGGCUGAGUUCCAAAAGACCCAUGACAAGCAGAUAUCGGAAAUGAAUCACAGUACGGAGGAGAUGGCAAAGGAGAUAGAGUCCAAGGAAAGAGAGAUUGAGGAUCUGAAGAACAAGCUCGUGCAGGUGGAGACAAAAAGCAAAAACGAUAUCCGAAACCUGAGAUCGCAGCUGGAGUCCAUGAAGACCAAAAUGAGUGUUCUAGAUUCUGUGGACCGUGCCAAGACACCGUCCCGGUCUCCAGCGAAGUCUCCAACCAAGUCUCCGUACCUAUUCCCGACCGAUCUUUACACAACGAACAUGAAUAUGCCUAUUUCCAUUUUCGAGGACCACUCUCCUCAAAGAGAGUCUGCUGUGCGCAAGUCGCCUGGACGCAAAAAGAAGAGCAAGAAGACAGAUAAGGGCGAACAGGUUCAGAGUCAGGGACAAAGCCAGAAGGAUGUAUUGAAGCCAACGAACAAGCUUGUCGAGACAGAGCCUUUGCGCAAGCACUCGUUAUCUCCAACCAAGUCGAACCGCAAGAAGCUCCGUCGCGUCGAUCUCGAGGAGGACCUGGCUAUCAGUGAGUAG